UGAUACCGCCGGUAUACAGCACAUACAGCUGUUCUCCCCUCGAAAUUUUGGGCUACAAAUUGAGCAUAUGCGUAUUUCAGAAUUUUUAUCUGGAACCACAAACUCGGAUGUGUCAAUGGGCCGGCUUCGGAAAUGGCUAGAGGUAUGCGACGCGACUCACGAAACCUGCAAUAACAAUAACGCAAGCCGCCUUCCUUCUCGUCUUAUAGACGUGACACAGAUUCCGAGAGGGAGCAUUUCGGGAGUUAAACUCAUUCGCACCAUGCCCGGACAGUCUGGAAAGUAUGUUUGCCUGAGUCACUGCUGGGGGAAAACACCCAUCACGUGCUGCACAACAAUCGAUACUGUCGGAAAAGCUAUGGAUUUCCUCGAUUAUGGCGCACUCCCGAGGAAUUUCCAAGACGCUAUUACUAUAACGAGGAGACUAGAUAUACAAUACAUCUGGAUUGAUUCUGUCUGUAUUAUUCAGGACGACAAGUAUGACUGGGAAGUUGAGUCCGCGAAGAUGGCGGAUAUCUACCGAUACUCCUACCUGACUAUUGCUGCAGCCUCCUCCGCGGAUUCUACUGGUGGAUGUUUUUCGAGUACGAAUGCGGACAUUUGCAUGUCUCUUGAUGACAACACUGGACGAUUACUGUUGGUUGGUGCGCGCAUGUGCGAUGCUAUGGGCACUGUGAAUGACGAAGCAGAGGUCAAGAAACGAUUCCCGUUAUUUCAAAGAGGCUGGGUCUUGCAGGAGCGUCUAAUGUCGAGACGCAUUCUCUACUGCAACUACGGAGAGCUGGCCUUUGAAUGCCUGGAGUCUAAGACGUGUGAAUGUGGAAACUCGUCUCUCUCUCCACACGUAAUAAACGGAAUGGGAAAACGAGAGGCCAACUUGAGACAUCGGCUUCUAAUGGCAAAAGUCUCCGUCCCCAGGGGCGAUUUAUCUCUAGAGUGGCGUUCCAUGGUUUCAAGCUAUACGCUUCUGCACCUCACCAAGGCGAACGACAUACUCCCGGCCAUUUCAGGAUGUGCCAGGGUCAUAUCUGAAUUGACCGGAGACGAGUACCUUGCGGGGAUGUGGAAGAAAUCCCUGUCCAUCGAGCUCCUCUGGUACAUCGAGACCAAGCGCAAGUUCUCACGGGCUGCUUGGACGGCUCCAUCCUGGUCGUGGGCCUCAAUAUCCCCUGGCCAGGAAAUCUUCUUUCUCAAACCAAACCUCAGCAGCCCGUGGAGGACAAUGCUUGGCGAAUCCAUACAGACCGUCGACUGCAAAACCGAGGGAGGUAACGACCUCGGGCAACUCGUACCUGGAACGGGCCGUCUCACACUCAAAUCGGCAUUACUACCCUGUUUUGUUCGUCGCUUUUGCAACGAAAGCGCCACGGCAGCGCAGCCCUCCCAUGACAGGCGCAGAUUCGGCCUACAUUAUCGAGUCACGAUCGCGAAUCCUGCCGCUGCAUGCGAAGUUCCAGUGCCCGCACUUGAAUCACAAGACGGGCAGUUUGUGUUCUACCCCGACGUACGACUCGGGGAUGAACUCUGGUUCGAUCCGUUUCCUGCUUGCUCGAUCUGCUCACUUGCUCGAAUCUGGCUUCUGCAUAUCGCUCGCAAAGUGGAUGGUGGUGAGUGCCGGGACAUUUUUAUGAUGCUUAAGGAAAUUGAGGCAAGUCCGAAUACAUAUGGAAGAUUUGGUGUGACGAAAUUUGAAGGGCAUACGGUUGGUCAGCGGGGUAGGUGGUUUAAGGAGGUGUGGGAAAAGCAGGCGAUGCCAAAAAGGGACUUUUCGAUCGUUUAGACCAACACAUCUACCUAGGACGUGCUUGUAAUAGAUUACCAAGAGACGGAUAUACCACGCCCCUGGCUUCAACCUUCACUCUUACGCUCUCGACACCCCCAAAAGGCAGUCUAAGUUCCAUUGCAUUGAACUCUACU